CUUCAUCCUCCUCCUCCUCCUCAUCCUCAUCAUCUUCUCACAGCUAAUACAUGAGUCAACAUGGCGGCGGAGCACAUCACCCUGUAGCGCUGCUCACACACGGAAACAAAUAAACAAACAGAGGUCCUUCAGUCUGACGUUUAUUUUGAUUUGUCUGGAUGAGCCUUCAGUGUUCCACGCAACAAAGCUACAGACUCGAUGGCGUUCAUGUCACGGUUCUCUCGCUCUCGGAGCAGCUCCAGGUCUCCCAACAGAAAAGACUCGGAGCGUGUCUCCCCGAUCCUGAGUGUGUCCGAGCUGGAGAGGCUGCUCUGCACGGGAAAGACUGCCUGUAACCAUGCCGACCAAGUGUGGCCGAGACUUUACAUAGGAGACCAAGACAUCGCAUCAGAUCGGCGUGAACUGGCCAAACUGGGCAUCACACACAUCCUCAACUGUGCGCAGAGUAAGUGGCGCGGCGGGGCCGAGUAUUACGCUGGGAUGAACAUCACCUACCAUGGCAUCGAGGCCCAUGACUCCCCCACCUUUGACAUGAGUGUUAACUUCUAUCCGGCAGCAGAGUUCAUUCACAAAGCUCUGACGAGUGGAGGUAAGGUGCUGGUCCACUGCACUGUGGGUGUGAGCCGCUCAGCCACACUGGUGUUGGCCUACCUGAUGAUCCGGCAAAACCUGACCCUGGUGGAGGCCAUCAAGACGGUGAAAGACCACAGAGGCGUCACCCCUAACAGAGGUUUCCUCCGCCAGCUCAACGGCCUGGACGGCAUCCUGAGAGAGAGCCGCAAGACGUCGCCGCAGAGCUGAAGACGGCGUGAGCGGCCGUGCAGGCUGAAGUCGGAGCUCAUCUGGUUUAAACGAGGGGAGAUUAUGGGACCAGGUCAGGAGCAAUCUGUGGAUGUGGGAGGCAGCAGGUGAUGCCAGGGUUUGACUCAUAUCACUAUCUUCAUUCUUAUUACCUUGAGUAGCACAUGGUAGUAAAUCACCAGGAGAGUAGCAUAUGUACAUUUAAAUACCAGACAGUAAACCGUAGCCCACUGUACAAUUUCUAAAAGUCCUUUAAAAUAUUUUUAAAGUCUUCAAACGUGCUCUGUCCUCUAACGUAGCGGUAAAACCAGCAAAAUCCUUCAGUUUGGUGGUAAAAUUGUGCCUAUUUGCCUACGAGCAAGUCAUGUUGAUGUAGCUAAAGGUGUGUUCAAGGUGCGAGACACCUGUGUGAACUCACGCUUACGACAUGGCAACGUUACCCUUGCCUAGCUGGCUAGCUUGCGUGCAGGAGGAAAAAAUAAGGACAUUUUUCCUGAAAUGAACAAAGUCAUUUCAAACUAACACGUUUUCAAACGUUUCACACAAAUAGAAAUCUAUACGUUUGGCUGGUGAAAAAAAUGUGUCCACGGACACGCCGCGUUGAUGGAGCAAAAGGUACAUUCAAAAACUUGCCUAGCUAGCUAGCUAGCUAGCCAGCUGGUGCACAGGUUUAACAGAAAUAACCAAAAUAUGACUUAAAUGACUCUGUUUUAACUUUUUGUCCACUGAAAAGUGAACUUCACUUGACUCCACCAGAAAAGCUGAGCAAAAAUAUCACAAUUCACGUCGUGAAUACGAAAUAAGGGGUUCAAAUUGAUUCAUCUCAUAAAUAAGAGCUCAUUUGAAGGAACCGUAACAUUUGACAUUUGGUUUCUGUACUUAGCUGCGUGUCAUAAUCCCAUUUAGAAGCCAGAGGGGGCUGCUAAAUGUAAAAAAUAUAAAUGAAUGUAUUACAGUAUGUUUAACAUUGUUGUUCCCAACUGAGAGAGAGGGACCAGUGUGAAUCUGAAAAGGUCACAAAAUAAUUCAUUUAGUGAGGAAACCAGAAACAAUAUAUUUUUGCUAUGAAAAAUAACAAUUUAUUUCAAUUUAAAAAGAGUCUGGGUGACACAGUGGACACAGUGGACACAGUGGACACAGUGGACCCAAACCCCUGACCACUGGUUCACAAGAAGACUCUUGAUGAUCAACAAUCCCGGAUUUCUUGUUAAUCAAACUUCAGACCAUUCCACUGAAACUUAUUAAGAUGUGAAGUCUAAUUUUAACAAGUGUAGACAUUUUCCUUCACAACUUUUAACAUAAUCAGUAAUUGAUGAUGACGACGGCGAUGAUGAUGAUGUCAUCUCAUUUGUUGUUUCAGGAAUUUACAGUCUACACUGUCUCACUGCUCUAGUAUGAAGAACAGUACAAACACUGCCACCUGGUGUCGCCAUAAAGUCUUGUCAGUGUUACAUAAGGCCGUAAUGUAUUGAAUAUUAUGGCUGGUGAUUUCUUUGAUUCAUUGAUUCAUUGUUUAGCCUCAAAAUCUAAAAAAAAAAAAGGUAUUAAAAAAAUAAAAUGCCAAUUCAAGGGUAGUGGGGGGUGAUGAUAACAGAAGCAUAUUUUACCCACUGAAUUAAAGGCUCAGGCUGUUAAAGUACAAGACGUAUUAAGAAUACAUCUGCUGCUUUGUCUUACAUGAGACAGCCUGAGAAGUCUCAGGUUGUUAAACCAGACUUUCUCCCUUAAAGGUUCAAAGUUCAGUGGGAAAAUUCACUUUUUUAUUACAUGUAAUUAGUGGUUUACAAGGUGACAGAGUUGUAAUCUGGGUAAUCGGGGUUCUAGGUUCUGGGUUCAUGAAUAUUCAGAGAAGGCAACACAAACUUAAAUUAGCUUACGUCAAUUGUAUCAUAUGGAAGCAGAGAGUUUCUUGUUAAAACAAGAAACUAUCACUUAAUAAGGAGAAAACUGAACUUUCUCGCUAAAAUAAGAAUAAUGGUAAAACUAUCUCAUCAUAAACAAGAAACUCUGUUGUUAUAACAUAUCUAUCAUAUGAUCUUGGUAAAACGAGAAACUAUCUUGUUAUGAUGAGAAACAAUCCCAUUAUUAGAUGUCAUUAUAACAAGAAAACUUGUAUAUUUAUAUCAUAUUUUUCUGUCCUGUGCCAGUGCUACACUUCCGUAGCAUCAGAAAAUGCUAAACACCAUUUAAAAGCUGGAGCCACUGAACAUUAGUCAUUUUUAUGAUCAAUAAAUAUAUACAAUUUGACAUUUACAUUCUUUUAAUCAAUUAAACAACAGCUUUGUUUCAGCUGCAGUGUUCUUUUUAGUCUGGAUCUCCUGUAUGCAAAUACAAGGAGUGAUGGCUCAGGGUUGGGAUUCAGGGGGCCCUAAUGCUUUUGUUUAUGUAGGGCCCUGAAAUAUCCACAUGCAGCCCUGGACAACAGUCACCUCUGCUGUGUUUUGUAAUCACUGCAGAGGGCAAACGACAGUUUCAGUCUCUGGAAAUCUUCCCUCCACUAGACCUUGGUAGAUUCAGAGUGUUGUCAUGAAGUGCCCUGAUCUGCUCACUCUCUAGUUGUAGCCCAGAUCUCAAACCAGUGCAGCUAUGUAGCCUAUCAGUCUUAUUCUCGCAGUAUCGUCUGUGGUGACUUUGUGCAUAGUAACAUAACGUCUACAGUAUUCAAUUAGGUGUGAAGUAUGCCGAGUGUAUUUUUUCAAUCCAGUACAGUCACUCUGUUUUUUUUCAUUAGACUGAAAUAAUCUAUUUAAUAAAAUAAAAUAAUAAAAGUUUGUUUUGAUUGACUGCAGCCCGUAUGGAAAAGAUAAACUGCGCUCAUGUGUGAUUUAAAGGUCCAGUGUGUAAGACCCAGUGACAUGGAAGCACGUCAGAAACUACGGUGGCCUUCACAUACCAGAAAGGAUUUGUUCUUCAUUUGUGUACUAACGUUCACUCGCCAUUUGAUUUUUUCAGCUUAACGUAUUUGACAUUUUAAUGGAAGGCUCUAAGUUAUAGCUACAACUGUAGCUUUAACUGAAGCUAAAGUUGUAGCUACUGUCUGCAGUAGCUACAACUGUAGCUUCAGUUAUAGCUACUGUCUGUAGUAGUUACAACUGUAGCUAUAACUGAAGCUAAAGUUGUAGCUACUGUCUGUAGUAGUUACAACUAUAGCUAUAACUAAAGCUAAAGUUGUAGCUACUGUCUGUAGUAGUUACAACUGUAGCUAAAGUUGUAGCUACUGUCUGAAGUACUUACAACUGUAGCUAUAACUGUAGCUUCAGUUAUAGCUACUGUCUGUAGUAGCUAUAACUGAAGCUAAAGUUGUAGCUACUGUCUGUAGUAGUUACAACUGUAGCUAAAGUUGUAGCUACUGUCUGUAGUAGUUACAACUGUAGCUAAAGUUGUAGCUACUGUCUGUAGUAGUUACAACUGUAGCUAAAGUUGUAGCUACUGUCUGUAGUAGUUACAACUGUAGCUAAAGUUGUAGCUACUGUCUGAAGUAGUUACAACUGUAGCUAAAGUUGUAGCUACUGUCUGAAGUACUUACAACUGUAGCUAUAACUGUAGCUUCAGUUAUAGCUACUGUCUGUAGUAGCUAUAACUGAAGCUAAAGUUGUAGCUACUGUCUGUAGUAGUUACAACUGUAGCUAAAGUUGUAGCUACUGUCUGAAGUAGCUAUAACUGAAGCUACAGUUAUAGCUACUGUCUGCAGUAGUUACACUGUAGCUUGACUUAAGUUUGUCUUGAAACAUACUGAGUGCGUAUUUGAACAAAGGGGCGGGGAAAGACAGGUCAUGUGGUCACAGGCGACAUAUCCAGGACAUAUUUAAAUGCCAGGUGUGAACAGCUGAGCUUGGCGUUAUUCACAUGUGAACGGAACAAUCUGUAGUUACCACUAAAUCUUACGCACUGGUCCUUUAAAUUCUCCCCUGUAUUGAGUCCAAAUGGAACAUUAAAGGCAACGUUAGCGUCAACUGUACAGUGAUUCUCAGCUGUCCAGAGCAGAAGUGGUAGUUGGAUAAUUGUCAACUUUAUGAGUUUAUGCUGGUGUAAGUAUUAUUUAGAACACUGUGCAGUUGGAGACAACACCACGAACGUGCCAUUGUAAAAGCUACCAACUGCCUGGACGACAGGAGAGCGCAGUGUCCAAGUCAAGGAUUCAAGGAAGGAUCCUUGACUUGGACAAACACCCCCAAUGUUAGUGAGGCUACUUGUGUUCUCAU